AUGGCCUCCAAACAAGAAACUACGGCUAGUGGAGACACAGAAAAGGGACCGCUGCCGAUAGCAACCCCUCACAAUGUCGACCUCAACACCUCCCCCUCCUCCCUGGCUCUCGACGCCAAACAUGCCGCAUCCUCGGAACAGGAAAUGACCCUCUUGGUCGCAAUCAAGACCUACCCAAAAGCAAUCGGCUGGUCCAUCCUUCUAUCCUCAACCCUGAUUAUGGAGGGCUACGACCUCGCCCUGCUGUCCUCCCUGUACAACUCUCCCGUCUUCAACCAAAAGUACGGCGAUUUUAACCCAACCACCGGCAAAUGGGUCAUCAGCGCCGCCUGGCAGUCCGGCCUGUCCAACGGCGCCCGAGCAGGCGAGAUCCUGGGCUUGAUCCUCGCCGGCUGGGCCUCGGACCGCUGGGGCUACAGGGUGACGACUAUGGCGGGCCUCGUGCUCAUGAUAGCCUUCAUCUUUGUCCUCUUCUUCGCCCCCAACGUUGAGGUCCUCGUCCUCGGCGAGGUCCUCUGCGGUAUACCAUGGGGCGCCUUCCAGUCCGUCACCCCCGCCUACGCUUCCGAGGUGGCCCCCGUCGCGCUGCGCCCUUACCUGACCACCUUCAUCAACAUGUGCUGGGUGAUCGGGCAGUUCUUCGCCCAGGCCGUCAACUACAACAGCAUCCGCCGAGCCGACGAGUGGGCCUACAGGAUCCCCUUUGGCGUGCAGUGGGUCUGGCCGGUGCCCAUCCUGAUCGGCGUCUGGUUCGCUCCGGAGAGCCCGUGGUGGUUCGUGCGGCACGGCGACCGCGCCGCCGCGAAGCGAUCCCUACUCCGCCUCACGAGCCCGAACCAGCCGGGAUUCGACGCCGACGAAACCAUCGCCAUGAUCGAGCACACCAACGAGCUGGAGCGGCGCCUCAAGGAAGGAGUGCGGUUCCGCGACUGCUUCAGGGGCGUCGACCUGCGCCGCACAGAGGUCGUCGUCGGCAUCUGGCUGGUGCAGACGCUCGGCGGCCAGAACCUGAUGGGCUACUUCUCCUACUUCCUGACCCAGGCCGGCAUGGACGCCAGCAACUCGCUCGCGCUGUCCAUGGGCCAGUACGCGCUGGGCAUGGUCGGCACGGCGGGGAGCUGGCUGCUCAUGGCACGCGUCGGCCGCCGCACCAUCCACUUUGCCGGCCUGACCACGCAGCUGUUGAUCCUCCUCGUGGUCGGCGGGCUCGCCUUUGCCGGCACAAACGCCGGGGUCUGGGCCAUCGGCGCCAUGCUCAUCGUCUUCACCUUCAUCUACGACUUUACCGUCGGUCCCGUCACCUACUCUCUCGUCUCGGAGCUGUCGAGCACGCGACUCAAGGCAAAGACCAUCGUCCUCGCCCGCGCCGCCUACAACGCCAGCAACAUCUUUGUCAACGUCAUGACGAAUUACCAGCUGAGCAGCGCCAGCACCGGCUGGAACUGGGGCGCAAAGACGGCCUUCUUCUGGGCCGGCACCGCCGCCCUGAGCGCCAUUUGGGUCUUCUUCCGUGUACCGGAACCCAAGGGUCGCACUUAUGCUGAGCUUGAUGUCUUAUUUGAGCAGGGCGUCUCUGCGAGGAAGUUUGCUGACACAAAAAUUGAUCCGUAUGAACAUGGUUUUAGUGGUGCUGCAAAAGAAGAGCAAGUAUGA